AUGCAAGUUGUGGAACUGGGAGGUCGGUGGGUGUGCGAAUGUGAGAGCGCUCGGGGGCUGUAUCAUCGCCGACCACCCGGCCGAACUUGUGCGCACCGACAGCCCCAACUUCCUGUGCUCUGUGCUGCCCUCGCACUGGCGUUGCAACAAGACCCUGCCGGUGGCCUUCAAGGUGGGACGCUGCGACCGCCCCCGCCCCCGGCCCCUUCCCUGCCAGCCUCUCAGUGUGCUCCCGGCCCGCGUCCUCCGUUUCUCUGCUUAGCCGGCGGACGGAUGCCCAGGGCUAGGUGCUACCUGUGUCCACCCCAGUCCCCAGGCGCCCACGGUCCCCGGCGGCUGCUCCUCGCCUCUUCCCGACUGGUGUCCCACGUUCUGGACUCCAUUCCGCACUUCGUGCACGCGCCGCCAACCCCAGGCCCCCCACUACCCGCGUGCUCCCUGCCGUUAAGGACCCUCCCGGGCUCCGGCCAGCGUUCGCGGGGUGCUGGAGUGCUGGGGGGCGCGGAGUGCUCGGUGGUAGCCCUCGGAGAAGUACCAGAUGGGACUGUGGUUACUGUCAUGGCGGGUAAUGAUGAAAAUUAUUCCGCUGAGCUACGAAAUGCCUCCGCUGUCAUGAAAAACCAAGUAGCAAGGUUCAACGAUCUGAGAUUUGUGGGCCGGAGUGGACGAGGCAAGAGUUUCACCUUGACCAUAACAGUCUUCACAAAUCCUCCCCAAGUAGCCACCUAUCACAGAGCUAUUAAAGUUACAGUGGAUGGACCCCGGGAACCCAGAAGGCACAGACAGAAGCUUGAUGACUCUAAACCUAGUUUGUUCUCUGACCGCCUCAGUGAUUUAGGGCGCAUUCCUCAUCCCAGUAUGAGAGUAGGUGUCCCGCCUCAGAACCCACGGCCCUCCCUGAACUCUGCACCAAGUCCUUUUAAUCCACAAGGACAGAGUCAGAUUACAGACCCCAGGCAGGCACAGUCGUCCCCGCCGUGGUCCUACGACCAGUCUUACCCUUCCUACCUGAGCCAGAUGACGCCCCCGUCCAUUCACUCCACCACCCCGCUGUCCUCCACGCGGGGCACUGGGCUUCCUGCCAUCACCGACGUGCCCAGGCGAAUUUCAGAUGAUGACACUGCCUCCUCUGACUUCUGCCUCUGGCCUUCCACUCUCAGUAAGAAGAGCCAGGCAGGUGCUUCAGAACUGGGCCCUUUUUCAGACCCCAGGCAGUUCCCCAGCAUUUCAUCCCUCACUGAGAGCCGCUUCUCCAACCCACGAAUGCACUACCCAGCCACCUUUACUUACGCCCCGCCAGUCACCUCAGGCAUGACCCUCGGCAUGUCUGCCACCACUCACUACCACACCUACCUGCCACCACCCUACCCCGGCUCCUCCCAAAGCCAGAGCGGACCUUUCCAGACCAGCAGCACUCCAUAUCUCUACUAUGGCACUUCGUCGGGAUCCUAUCAGUUCCCCGUGGUGCCGGGGGGAGACCGGUCUCCCUCCCGAAUGCUUCCGCCGUGCACCACCACCGCCAACGGCAGCACGCUAUUAAACCCCAAUCUGCCCAACCAGAGUGACGGUGUGGACGCGGACGGAAGCCACAGCAGUUCCCCAACUGUCUUGAAUUCUAGUGGCAGAAUGGAUGAAUCCGUUUGGCGACCAUAUUGAGCUUCCUCAGCCGUGGCCUGGUGGUAUCUGGGGGCCACACCCCACACGUGUCAACAUAUACAUAUAUAAAGAGAGCGCAUAUAUAUAUAUGUAUAUCGGUUAGCCGUCUACAAAGUGCCUACUUACUAGAAGACCUUCCAUUCCUUCACCCAGUCACGACCUCGCAAACAUAAGAGGGUAGAUGUUUGAAAAGUAGAAGGCCCAAGAGAGACGAUCCUAAGCGGGUUUCAGAUUGUUUACUAUUUAAGAUGUACUUUUUAGACAGGAACACACAAGGGGAAAGGUAUUGCUGUUGUUUGGUCUGUACACCCUCGACAGCCUGUUCUUACGCCAAGUCAGAGAGGUGGCCUGAGGUUCAGGAGGAAGAACAGCAUAGCGGCUUCCUCCGGCGCCCCGAAGCUGCACAUCUCCUGGUCGCAGCGGCGUGGGGACCGCGUCCUCAGCAGACCGUGCGCUAAGAUAUCACGGCGCCUGCUGGGGGGCCGGAGGCAGGGCGGUGCUGCCCUUCUGGCACUGUCCGCGUGGAGCAGCCAGGCCGCCCUCUGUUUCAGACUUGCUGCAGCUCAUUGUGUGAACUGUGUAGUGCAGAUUUCUCUUUCCUUCUCUACGAAAGUGACUUCAAAAAUACUGAUCAGGAUAGAUUAUUUUAUUUGACUUUUUUAUACUCCCCCUUUGCCCAUUGAACCAAAAAGAAAUCCCACCCCUAAGACCCCACCUUCUCCCUUUAUAUGAAACUGAAAAUGGCAAUACCUUAUUAUAGCCAUAAUGGUAUAGAUAGUGUUUGCGUUUGGCUGUGUGUUAUUUGUUUUCUUUUUUUUAAAUUAUGAAUAUGUGUAAAAUCUGAGGUAACUUGCUGACGUGAAUGGUCAUAUAACUUUAAAGAUAUAUUUAUAAUUAUUUAAUGACAUUUGGACCUUUGAAACAUUUCUUAGUGUAUUGAUAUGUUGACUUCGGUCUCUAAAAGUGCUCUUUAUUAAAUAACAAAUUUCUUUGGUGGGCUAGAGCCAUAUCUGAAAUAUUGCUAAGCAAUUUCAGUUCAUCCAGGCACAAUGUGAUUUUUAAAAAAACACUUCCAUCUCCAAAUAUUUUAGAUGUAGCUUGUUUUUGUAAUGUAUGAAGGAAAUGUUAUCUUUAGCUCUUUCAGAUCUUUGAUCACCUCUACACAGCUUUGCCUUUUAAAGCAAUGAUAGGGAUUUUUAAAAACUGCCCUUAGCCCUUUAUCACUUCUCUUGCCCUUUCUCAGCAUGAAAUGCUGGCAUGAUGUGGUUUCCUAACUUCUUUUGGAUAAUUAUGACUCUUGUCAUAUUAAAAAGACAAGCACAAGUGAAUCACUGAACUGCAGGAAAAUGUUCUGUGGUUUCAAAGUUCAGCAAAACUCUAAAAAUCGCCAGGCUUCAUAGUGAAGACAUAGCUUAAAGCCACACGUGUGGCUAAAGGAUCAGCUGUGAUGUGCAUAGCGCAGGAAUGCAAAAUUAUUCUACGGAUUCUUCACCAACCAGCCUUACCAAACAGUAAACCAAGGAAACCCAAAUCUGCCUUACCCGAGCCCCCUUGCAGCUCUCCACAGAACUUGCAUUGAAAGGAGCACAGUGAAGGAAUUGCUUGUCCUGGGGGGAGCUGGGCACCCCAAGUAGUGACAGUUCCAGCAGGUGGCUGAUGGGAGAGGGCAGAGAGCCUUCAGGGACCCGAUACAGCCUGUGAGGUGGGGUUCAAAGGCAGGCCAGGGUGCAGAGUUUCUUGUCCAUCCCUGACUAUGAGUUUGAGCUACGGGCCCUGCUGCAGGAUGCUCUCUGGCCCCUCCUAGUACCCACAUGGCCAAGUGCACAUCCUUAAGUGGUCCAAGCCAGGAUCGUGUAAUGACUCCACCAGGCAAGUCCAUGCUCUCCUCCCCCAAUGAUCAAGGUGCCUUAGUUUGAACCCUGUGCCCUCCUGAGCAGAGAUUUGCUCUGGCCCCAGAUGGGACUGGGGUCCUUCUCAGGGCCACCGAGUACGUGGGACAGCUGCGGACCAGGCGGACCUGGGUGUGUCCAGUGGCCAUCUGCCUCUCUUACAAUUCAUCCUGACUCCUUCUAAUAAAAGUUGAGGGGAAAUGAAGCAAAAACACUUCGCCUUCUAAAGGUUGUAUACCAAGUAUGCUUAGAUAAAUAAGCCACUUUUCUAUUACCUAAGAUGGAAGUAGUAGUUGAUGCUAUUUAUUGUUUGUGUGUGGUGGCUUGAAGCACACCACUGCCCAUUUAUUUGUGCGUAUAAAAUAUGUGUUUGUUUCAGCAGCACUUAAAAAAGCCAGUGUCUGGUAACACAUUGCAAUUUUAAUUAAUUGACAUAAAAAUGUUACCACCGGUACCAGCUGCACCCUAUUUAAUAAAAAAAAGGUACUAUAUUUGUACAUUAUUUUUUAAUGUUAAAAGGGCUUUUUUAAGUUUACAGUACACAUAUUAAGUGACUAUAGGGAUGCUUUAAUGUUGAAAUGUUAUUAGAGUGGCUGCAGGCAGCAACCCAGAAACACUUUAAAAGUCUUUUUUCCUUGGGAAAAAAUCCAAGCACUUCCCUCCACCCUCCCUCCAACCACUCCAACAGAGUCAUUCACAUUUUUUUUGAACAAAAGUCUGUCCCUUUUAUGGCCUAGGGAUUAGUAUUCAUAUUCUCUCUCCUUUCCUCUCUCCCUCUCUUCAUCCCUCCCUCCCUGACUCCCUCCCUUGAUUUGUGCUGGGUCACGUGUAGGAUUUGUGAUUCCGAGACCAAAACAGUCUUACACCUGCUAGGAACCGUGUAUAUCAGCGCCCUCCUUCCUUAGGGUAAAGUAACAUGGUUCUUGGUGUGACACAGAUGUCGCUGGAAUUUAUAGUGUAACCAGUGUAGUCACAUUUUUUUAAAAGAAAGAAAUGUAUUUCGGUUGGCUCAUCAAUUUUAACCUAUGUCAGAGUUCUAGAACAGGCGCCACCGUUUGGGUUUAGGCUAGACUCAUGUCCAACUUGGAAGAGAGAGAACCCAGUGGUUUAACUGAUGCUCACUCUUGAAAUCUCUCUCAUCCUUCACCCUGGGGCCCUUUAAAAGUGAGCAGAGAAAGGAAUCCACACUGUUAGGGACUGACUGCAUUGUAGAUCCGGAAGGCAGGAGAGGAGAGCUCUGACUUAAAGGGUUCCCCUCCGCUCCUUAGAACAGGGACGGAUCCCAAGUCUAGGUUGAAUGUGGUAACGCGGCAUUAGCAAAGUAACCAUUAUUUCCACGGUGUUUGAAAGAACAAGUGCAAACCGAAUAAAAGAUGGCUUUUCCAAAUGUUGAAUUUGUUGUUUUUAAAAAGAAAAUGCAUUUCUAAAAAAAUACUUUCUAUGUGAGACUUUUUUAGUUGUCUGUUUACUUCAUGUUUACAAAUAAUUGUUUGCUUUUUAAUGCAGUACUUCGAAAUAUAUCAGCCAAAAACCAUAACUUACAGUAAUUUCUUAGGUAUUCUGAAUAAAAUUCCAUUUCUUUUGGACAUGCAUUACCAUUCUUAGAUUUCUGUGGAACAAAAAUAUUUGUAGCAUUUUGUGUACAUACAAGCUUUCAUUUUUAUUUUUUCCAAUUGCUAUCGCCCAAGGUUUGCUUCCCACGCACAUAUUGUACAAAUUCUGCUUUGUACCCCAGGUCACGAUGUGGAUAAGUUUACUCUGAACUUCAAAGGGACUAUUUGUAUUGUAUGUUGCAAUUGUAAAUUGAAUUAUUUGGCAUUUUUCUCAUGAUUGUAAUAUUAAUUUGAAGUUUGAAUUUAAUUUUCAAUA